AUGAGUAGAUCAACAAGAGACAUUAGAGGCAGACUGAAGAAGACGGGCGUGACUGAGAUCAAGCUCACCGGUAACUACAGCCGAGCAGACAUCGAACGAAUCGCUCAGCGGGACAGCAACACUCUCCAACGAUACGGCGCCAACGCAAGGAUAGAGGUCGUGCUCGACUACGGCAAUCAUCAGUAUCGAUCGGGCAAGUUCACCAAGGUAGGCGAGCCCAUCAUCAUGUUUGAUCCUCACGAGUAUGACGGAGCACCGAUCGCAGAGCCUGACACAUUUAAAUGGUUCUACAUCUACGUUCAUCAAGCAAAGGGCAAGGCAGGCGGCUGCGACGGCGAAUGGAACAACUGCCUCUACUACUGCCUCCACGACGCCUAUCCAGAGCAGGUCACAGAGCACUUUGGCAGGCCAUCACGACUCAAGAAGUUCCUCGACCUUGAUGUCGAUCAGAAGGUCUCUAUCAAGCGGAUCCCAGAACUCGAGGAGAGACUCAACAUCAAAAUCAACGUCAUGUACACAACAGGACAGAACAAGGCAGCGAUCAAACUGUUUAUAUCAUACAACAAGACAGUCAAGCCAGAGCCAAUCGAUCAGAAGGAGGGCGAGUGGAUAUCCAAGUCAACCUUUGGCGCAUUGAUGUUUUCCAUCCAGCAUACAGGAGGUCUCUACAUGUAUGACGUCUGCAAGAUGUAUGGUGCGAUCAUGAAGAGCGGCGGCUUCAUGAUCCCAAUCAAGUGUGGCGAGUUCCAACAACUGACCGACGAAGAGCUGACCGCAAAGAAAUCAAUACCAUUCGGUAUCUAUCGCGCAACGAUCAACGGCAAGCACGGAGCAUUCAAGAUUAACAAGAAGGAUUACUACACUCACUACGACCUAAUCUUUGCUAAGGAGCUAGGACUGACAUUCAACUUGAAGACCGGCAACAAGGCCAACGCAUUGUUAUACGAUAGCACAUGCAGGAUCAAUGGCUCCAUUCUUUUUGGCAAGUACAUGGAUCAGGUGCUCGCCUGGAUCAAGGCAGGAGUCCCACGAUCAAAGGAACUCUAUCAACGACUCUGGGGCGCUCUCUCCAAGCGCAACAAGACCAAGCAGUGCGUCAAUAUGGAGUGCGAUGAAGAAGUGAUAGAGACCAGCGAGUGUGGCGACCUGCGAUACGAGGGCUACUGUCCCGACGCCAGAGUCAAGAACAUGACCAAGCCAGUUGGAUCGUUCGCCAUUGGGAUAUGGCAAGGCGAAGGAGAGUUUAAAAUA